AUGCCUGAGCAAAGCAAUGAUUACAGGGUUGUUGUGUUUGGAGCUGGAGGAGUGGGUAAAAGUUCUUUGGUCUUGAGAUUUGUGAAGGGCACUUUCAGAGAGAGCUACAUCCCUACCAUUGAAGACACCUAUAGACAGGUGAUCAGCUGUGAUAAGAGUAUAUGUACUUUGCAGAUAACUGACACUACAGGGAGCCAUCAAUUUCCAGCCAUGCAAUGUCUUUCUAUUUCUAAAGGACAUGCUUUCAUUUUGGUUUACUCCAUAACCAGCUGACAGUCCUUGGAAGAACUCAAACCCAUCUAUGAACAAAUAUGUCAGAUUAAAGGAGAUGUAGGAAGCAUUCCGAUAAUGCUGGUAGGGAACAAAAAUGAUGAGAACCAAAAUCGAGAGGUGGACAGCAGUGAAGGAGAAGCCAUGGCUAAGAAGUGGAAAUGUGCCUUCAUGGAGACCUCUGCUAAGCUGAACCACAAUGUGAAAGAGUUAUUCCAGGAACUGCUAAACUUAGAGAAACACAGGACUGUGAGUUUACAAAUUGAUGGCAAAAAAAGCAAACAGCAAAAAAGGAAAGAGAAGCUGAAAGGCAAAUGUGUGAUGAUGUGAAAUUGCACUAUAAGGAGUUAGUAAUGCAG